AUGUCAAAGCUUAACAUUAACUCUAGAAUUACACUCAAUGAUGGUACCCAAAUGCCAAUUAUUGGAUUGGGAACAUGGAGAUCCGAACCACAAAAAGUGAAGGAAGCUGUCAUUGUUGCUAUUGAAUCUGGUUAUAGACACAUUGAUUGUGCUGCUUUGUAUGGCAACGAAAAGGAAAUUGGAGAAGCCCUCGAAGAAGUCAUCAAGAGAGGAGUUGUUAAGAGAGAAGAAUUGUGGAUCACCAGUAAAAUUUGGAAUACUCACAAGAGAGCUGCUAAUGUUAGAGCUGCUUUUGAAAAGACUCUUUCCGAUUUGAAACUUGAAUAUUUGGAUCAAUAUCUUAUUCACUGGCCUAUUGCUUUCGAAUUUGCUGGAAUUGAAUUGAAGGAUUAUGCUUGUAUUGUACCAAGAGAAGAAAGUGGAAAAAUUGCCAAGGUUGACUUUGUUCCAUUCAAAGAAACAUGGGGUGAAUUGGAAAAAUUAGUUGAAGAAGGAAAAAUCAAAUCAAUCGGAAUCAGUAACUUUAGUGUCACUGAUACUUGUAACUUGUAUGCUGAAAAUAUCAAAAUCAAACCAGCUGUCAACCAAAUUGAAGCUCACCCAUAUUUCACAAACACUAGAUUGAUGCAAACAAUGAAAUCAUCUCAAUUCAAGGAAAUCAACACUGUUGCUUAUUGUCCACUAGGUAGAGGUGGUGAAAAUGCUCCAAUUUCUGAUCCAGUUGUCAUUGAAAUUGCUCAAAAGUAUUCCAAAUCACCUGCUCAAGUUGUCAUUAGAUGGGCUCUCCAAAGAGGAAGCAUUAUCGUUCCAAAAUCCGUCACACCAGAAAGAAUUAAGGAAAAUAUCAAUGUCUUUGACUUUGAAUUGAACGAAGAAGAUAUGAAUAAGAUUUCAGAAUUAGGAAAGAAGAGAAAGAGAGCUGUUGAUCCAAUCGGAUCCUGGGGCAUUUCAGUAUUUGAAGAUUAA